AUGUGCAAGGUUUCAUCUAUUGUCUUGCAAUCGGCUGGUUGUUUGCUUCUCCUAAAUGGCGAGCUUGCACACAAAUGGACAAAAUGGACCUACCAACUUUGCAGUAUGUCCCAAGACGGUAGACUCUGCGGCAACGAAGAAAACCUGAACGCUCUAGGAGACGAUUACGGAUAUCGGUCGGGCUCCUGUAUCGUCUGCGAUAAUGAAUACAGAGCGAAAUCCAAUUAUGAAAUAGCAUUAGCUGCUGCUCAAAAUCAAUACAGUUUGGUAGUUAAUGCUGCAUGGAACAAGAAGCUUGAGGAAGAGCAAGAAGCCUGUUAUACUAUAGACACGAUUCCAUUCGUCGAAAAACAGAAGCGAGUUCGCUACCACCACCACCGCUCUCGCCGCGGCUACUCGAAAAUGCUACACCGAUGA